CUCUUCUCCCAGCCCAGCAGGGCUGGGGCACUGCCUGCAGCCAGCGCGGGCACAGCACAGAGGCACAGAGAGAGGAGAGGCAGCCUGGGCUUGGAGAGUGACUGAGACCUCACUAGAGGAGAAAUCUUGACAGGGUUUGAAUGAAUAAUUCUCUGUCUCUAGGAAAGUUAAACUUCCAUUCCUGGAGGGAUCUCCUAAGGCUGGCCCAUCCCACAGUUUCCAUGGUCUUUUGCAAGGGCUCUCCCAGUUCCUCUGGUGCAGAAGAGGUGGCCAUAGGGCAGACAGGGCAGUACCUGCAGGCAGCAAGGGCAGGCAGCAGCAGUGAGAACGAGGUUAAAGGCAGCCUGGGGUGGGAGGACAGGAGAGUCCCCAUCAGGGGAGAAAUCUGCACAGCCCCUGGACACGGUGAGUCUCUGGCUGCAGAGCAAUGCAGGUGCAGCUGGAUGAACAAAUACAAGGAACUCCCUCAGCUCAGUUCUUCAGAUGGGCAAAUUGCAAACAGUUGAGCUGAAAAUCUUUUUGGUGUCUCACAAGUCCAUUUAAUUGGAGAUCCGCCAGCACUCUCAGUUGCCUCUCACUGCACAAGAAGAAGAAAUCCUCCUGAGCCCUUUUGUGAGUCCCUGCUCUCAGUGUCUGCAAAACCCAGAGACCAGGUGAGGGGAAUGCACUGAAGUGAUCCUGAAAAGAGCAACCCUGAAAGCUGAAUUACUAUGAGAUAUGCAAUAUAUUUUCCUUGUAGAAGUGUGGCCUGACCCAGUCCUGUAUUUUUCCCCUUAGCAGAAAACCAUUUCCUGUGGCAGCAAAUGUCCAAUAGCAGCUCCAUCAGCCACUUCCUCCUGCUGGCACUGGCAGAGACGCGGCAGCUGCAGCUCCUGCACUUCUGCCUCUUGCUGGGCAUCUCCCUGGCUGCCCUCCUGGGCAACGGCCUCAUCAUCAGCGCCGUAGCCUGCGGCCACCACCUGCACACGCCCAUGUUCUUCUUCCUGCUCAACCUGGCCCUCAGCGACCUGGGCUCCAUCUGCACCACUGUCCCCAAAGCCAUGCACAAUUCCCUCUGGGACACCAGCACCAUCUCCUACACAGCCUGUGCUGCACAGCUCUUUUUCUUUCUGCUCUUCAUCUUAGCAGAGAUUUCCCUCCUGACCAUCAUGUGCUACGACCGCUACGUGUCCAUCUGCAAACCCCUGCACUACGGGACCCUCCUGGGCAGCAGAGCUUGUGCCCACAUGGCAGCAGCUGCCUGGGCCAGUGGCUUUCUCUAUUCACUGCUGCACACGGCCAAUACAUUUUCCUUGCCCCUGUGCCAAGGCAAUGCCCUGGGCCAGUUCUUCUGUGAAAUCCCACAGAUCCUCAAGCUCUCCUGCUCCCAAUCCUACCUCAGGGAACUUGGGCUUCUUGCUCUUAGUGUGUGUUUGGCAUUUUGUUGUUUUGUGUUCAUUGUUUUCUCCUAUGUGCAGAUCUUCAGGGCUGUGCUGAGGAUCCCCUCUGAGCAGGGAUGGCACAAAGUCUUUUCCACCUGCCUCCCUCACCUAGUUGUGGUCUCUCUGUUUGCCAGCACUGCAGUGUUUGCCUACCUGAAGCCCCCCUCCAUCUCCUCCCCAUCCCUGGAUCUGGCCCUGUCAGUUCUGUACUCAGUGGUGACUCCAGCCCUGAACCCCCUCAUCUACAGCCUGAGGAACCAGGAGCUCAAGACUGCAGUGUGGAGACUGAUGACUGGAUGCUUUCGGGAAUGUUACACUGCUGGCCAAUUUCUGCCAAUCACUUGUAAUAAAAGUAAUCUUUGAUACUUCUUGUUGGUUUCGUUUUGCAGGUUCUUUUUCUUUAUUUUACUUUUAAAUAUUGUCCACAAGGAAAUGU